AUGAUAUUGAAACCGGGACCUGUUGUGGAUUUCCUUCUUUCUAACCAGAAUGUGAAGGAAGCUCGAGAUAUUGACUGGUUAAAGGCCAAAAAAAUGCUCAAGAAUAUGAGGAUCAAGGCAAGCCAUAGUAAUAGGGAGUUCAAAAUUACUGGUUUAAGUGAGAAACCUUGCAAUCAGCAGCUUUUCUCAAUGAAAGUGAAAAGUGAUAGUAGUGCCAGAGACAAUGAGGAGACCCUGGAGAUUUCUGUUUAUGACUAUUUUGUUAAGCACCAUAACAUAGAGCCUAAACAAUCAGCAUACAUGCCAUGUCUUGAUGUUGGAAAACCUAAACGACCAAUCUACCUGCCACUAGAGCUCUGUUCUCUAGCUUCUCUCCAGAGAUACUCUAAAGCAUUAUCAGGAUUGCAAAGAGCGUCUUUAGUUGAAAAGUCAAGGCAGAAGCCACUUGAGAGAAUUCAAGUUGUAACCAAUGCUGUUAAAAACUACAAUUAUGAGGAGGUUCCACUUCUUGCCAUUUGUGGUGUAUCAAUUGAAAAACAGCUAACUCAAAUAGAUGCACGUGUCUUGGAACCACCGAAGUUGAAGGUUGGCAAUAGUGAAGAUUGUGUACCACGUAAUGGCAGGUGGAACUUCAAUAACAAGAAACUUCUGAACCCUAGCCAGAUAAAUCAUUGGGCACUCGUCAAUUUCUCUGCACGCUGUGACACCAGCCAUCUUUCACGGGAACUCAUCAACUGUGGGAGGAACAAGGGCAUUCAUAUUGAGCGUCCCUACACAAUAAUCGAGGAAGAUCACCAUUGUAGAAAAUGUAGCCCCGUGAUACGCGUAGAACAAAUGUUUGAGCUGAUUAUAGCCAAGUUACCCAGCCCUCCUGAGUUUCUGCUUUGUGUUCUGCCAGAGCGGAAAAUUUGUGAUAUUUAUGGUAGUCCCUGGAAGAAAAAAUGCCUGACUAGCUUGGGUAUUCCCAAUCAAUGCGUUUCUCCUUCCAAGAUCAAUGAUCAGUACUUAACAAAUGUACUACUCAAAAUCAAUACAAAGCUAGGAGGUACCAACUCUUUGUUAGCGAUAGAGCAGGUCCACGGAAUUCCGCUCAUUAUGGAUAAGCCGACCAUGAUCUUGGGAAUGGGCGUAUCACACGGUUCCCCUGGUAGAUCUGAUAUCCCAUCAAUUGCUGCUGUUGUAGGUUCUCGAAAUUGGCCACUGAUAUCUAGGUACAGAGCAGCUGUAAGAACUCAAUCCUCAAAGGCGGAGAUGAUAGAGUCUUUGUUCAAGCCGCUGGAGAAUGGAGAUGACGAUGGCAUUAUGAGGGAACUGCUUGUGGAUUUUUAUAAAACCAGUGACGGGCGUAAACCAACCCAAAUCAUUAUUUUCAGGGAUGGUGUGAGUGAGUCACAGUUUUCUCAGGUUUUGAACAUUGAGCUCGAUCAAAUCAUCAAGGCCUAUCAACAUCUUGGUGAGUCGGACGUUCCAAAAUUCACUUUGAUAAUAGCUCAGAAGAAUCAUCAUACCAGGCUAUUCCAAGCUUCAGCCUCAGAAAACGUCCCAUCUGGUACUGUUGUGGAUACACAAGUCGUUCAUCCUAGAAACUAUGAUUUUUAUAUGUGCACUCAUGCGGGGAUGAUUGGGACUUCUCGACCCACCCAUUAUCAUGUCUUGGUUGAUGAAAUUGGUUUCUCACCAGAUGAACUGCAGAAGCUGAUUCAUUCACUUUCAUAUGUAUACCAGAGGAGCACUGCUGCCACCUCUAUUGUUGCACCAGUAUGUUAUGCACACCUUGCAGCCCAACAAAUGGGUCAGUUCCUUAAAUUUGAAGAUUCCUCCGAACUAUCGUCUGGACAAAGCAUUCAUGUUCCCCAGCUGCCUAAGCUCCACAAGGAUGUUUCUGGAUCCAUGUUCUUUUGUUGA